CCAGUCUGUGGCCCUCACAGCGUCGCUCGCAGACUUCUUCGCCAUCGUCGCAGGCCUCAGAGCACCAGAUUCCGCCAUAGCCACCACCUUCCUUCAUCGUCACGGAUCAGUCAUUGAGUCAGUCAGUCAGCGAGGAAGCAACUAACUAAGCAAGUAAGCCCAAAGACGAGAGGGACUACUGAAGCGAAGGAAGGGCAGUGGUGGCCAUGGCCGCGAUAUCGUCGCUUCACUCUCUCCCAUGCGCGCGUACUCCAUCGCUCGCCGCCUACUCAUCGUCACGUCAGACAUGGCAUCUGUCUCCUGGACAACCAUUCAUAAAAAAGCAAAGAAAAGGAGAAAUGUUCAUUAGAGCCAGUGCAAUAAAUGAGGACUCUUCUAGAACAUCAGACGAGACCCUGGAGCCUGCGAGUUGGUCUAAAACAUCACGUCGACAGAUAGUAUCGUUUCCAGCAGCCAGCAUCUGCGCCUACCUCUUCUCAACGUUGGCAUACGAAAGGAAGGCUGUGGGAUCAGAUUACGCCGACAUGCCAGCUUUACGGGGAAAGGAUUACGGAAAAACGAAAAUGAAGUAUCCUGACUACAUAGAAACUGAAUCCGGUCUGCAGUACAAGGACCUACGAAUAGGAACUGGUUCAGCUCCGAACGUUGGGAAUCUGGUGGUGGUGGACUGGGAUGGUUACACCAUCGGGUACUACGGUCGAAUCUUUGAGGCUCGAAACAAAGCAAAAGGUGGUUCCUUUGAGGGGGAUGAGAAGAAUUUUUUUAGAUUCAAAUUGGGAAAUUCGGAGGUCAUACCUGCUUUUGACGAGGCCGUCGCAACAAUGAAAGUUGGUGGCAUACGCAGGUUAAUUGUGCCUCCUGAGCUUGGUUAUCCCAACAAUGAUUACAACCAGAAAGGUCCUCGCCCAACCACAUUCUCGGGUCAGAGAGCCUUGGACUUCGUAUUGCGCAAUCAGGGACUGAUUGACAAAACUUUGCUAUUCGACAUCGAGCUGAUUAAAGUGGUUAACUGAGACUGGAGACACCCAUCCAGAUACACUUGCUUCCAAGGCAAUGAGUGUACUUCCUUACCGUCCCUGCAAAAGCGAUGCGGGUUCCAUGAAUAGUCAAUGCAGAACUGUGGUGUGAUGGGCUCUUCGUCUUCUGCAAUCUGGCCAGAACAUGGAGAAUGAAGUCAUUAGUUUUCACUCUAUAAACUCAACCCACAAGGCUAUGGAAGCAACACAACAUGGAGAGAACCACUUCCAUGUUGUCACAAACUUCUCCUGGGACCCUCCUUUCUGUACCCAAUGGAGGAAUCCUUGCACCUCCCUCAACCUCGAAUUUUGUAUGGCGCAAUAGCUUCUAUCCAUUUCUCCACUUCCACCAUCAUUUUUUUAAUAUAUAUUUUCCUAACAAUAUUUAAUGGCUUCUUAAAGUUGAGAAAACAAAUUUGCUUUUGAUCUACAAA